AAUGUUAGAGCAUAUUCAAGAGCUGAGUUUUUCCUCCAUAAUUGGUUCUCAUCUUAACUGAUGCAGAGAAAUUCUGGAACAAAGCUAGCUUGCCCAUUUUGCAUAGACUUGACAAAGGCCUGACAAACUCCCAACCCAUCACUAGCAAUCUGUGACUCAUUAGUUAUUUUCACCCAGUGGCCAAUUCCCCAGAAUUCCAUCUGACUGAUUGAAUUUCUUCCCUCUUUAUUAUGAAGCUACAUAGGUAAUUACUUUUACUCCAUUGUAGGCUGCUCAGGACAAUUUCCAAACAUCUCUAUUAUGAUCCCUUUACUCAAGUGGAACUUCUAUAGGAUUUUCCUAAACUGUCCCUCAGGUGAUGAGCCCCACUGCAUUUAACUAGUCUGGGCCUCCUACCAGAAAAAUACAAUCCAUCACCAAAUUCUUAAUCAAAGAUAAUCCAGCUUAGUUUAUGGGGUAUUAUUAUACUUGUCUCCAAUGUAGCAGAAAACAAAUUCCCUCCCCUCCUCACUUUCCUAACUCUAGUGUUUUGUAUUUUUUAAAUGUGCAAAAUGUUUGUGGCAGCCCUUUUUGCAGUGGCAUGGAACUGGAAAUUGAGAGGAUGCCCAUCAGUUGGAGAAUGGCUGAAUAACUUAUGAUAUAUGAAGGUAAUGGAAUAUUUUUGUAAGAAAGGAUGAGCAUGUUGAUUUCAGAAAAGCAUGGAAAGACUUACUGAAAAUCUUGGAAAGUCUUGGAGAGUCAGGGAAAGAUUAUGAAAUGAUUAAUUGGGUUGGACUUGACACUUUUCAAAAACGAGGUGAUUCAAGGUAAUUCAAAGUAAUUCCAAUGGACUUGGGAUGGGAUAUACCAAUAGGAUCUAGACAAAGGAGAUUGAAUAUGGGUGGAAGCAUAGUGUUUUCACCUUCUGUUGUUUUGUUUCCUUGUUUUUUUUUUUUCUUUCUCAUGUUUUUAUCUUUUUUCCCCUUUUGAUCUGUGUGGAAGAGUAAAAGCGGAGUGUAUUUUGAGAUGUGUGACCUGAUUCCUGUAGAAUUCUACAGGACAUUCUACAAAUAACAACUUGUCUCACACAAUGUGACAAAUAUGGAAACGUGUUUGAAAAUUGCACAUAUUUAACCUAUAUCAAGAGUUGCUGCCUUGGGGAUGGGGGGAGGUAAAGAAAGGAGAAAACUUUGGAGCACAAAGUUUUACCAAAAAAUUAAUAUUGAAAACUAUCUUUACAUGGAUUUGGAAAAAUAAAAUAAUAUUGGAAAAAAUAAAAUAAAAUGGAUCCUUCUAGCAGUCCAUCUUUUUAAAAUGCUAACAGUUUGAGUGCCAUGGAAAUAUCAAGUUACCCCUUCUUGAUCUCACUUAAUUUAUCCACCACCACCACCCCCAGCUCUUCCUAUUCUGUGGUCUUCUUUAAGGUCACCAGUGAUAUUCAUUUUACAAAUGAGGAAUUUGAGGCAAACCAAAGUGAAAUGACUUGCCCAGAUGCACACAUCUGGUGUGUCUGAAGUAACCUAUGUCUGGUUUAUUUCUUAUUCUGUGUGUUACCUCAAGCCCCAGUUAGAGAUAUGCUCUCUUGCCAAGCGAAAUGAGCAGAACCAGGAGAUCUUUAUACAUGGCAACAAGAUCAUAGGAUGAUCAAUUUUGAUGGACACGGCUCUUUCUAACAAUGUAAUGAUUGAGUCCAGUUCCAAUGAUCUUGUGAAGAGAGCCAUCUACACCUGAGAGAGGACUAUGGGAACUGAGUGUAGAUCACAACAUAGCACUUUCACUCUUUUUGUUGUUGUUUGAGUUUUGUUUUUUUUUUUCUUUUUUUCCCUCCUUUAUCUGAUUUUUCUUGUGCAGCAGCAUAAUUUUAUAAAUAUGUAUACACAUAUUGGAUUUAACAUGUAUGUUUAACAUAUAUUGGAUUAUUUGCCAUCUAGGGGAGGAGUGGGGGGAAGGAGGGGAAAAUUUGGAAGACGAGGUUUUUCAAGGGUCAGUGUUGAAAAAUUACCCAUGCCUAUGUUUGAAAAUCAAAAGCUGUAAUAAAAACCAAGAAAGAAAGAAAUAAGCUCCCUGAGAGAGGGGUCUGCCUUUGUGUAAACAGCACCUACAGCAUAUAGUAGGGACUCAGUGACUGGCUGGCUGAUCUCCCCGGGAUAUCGUGGCUGGUUGGCAGCCUCCAAGCAAGGGCUCGCCGCCCAUGGGGAGGGCGGAGAGGGGAGGUUGCCAUCCGGAGCAUUCUGGUUUGGGUCUGGGCUGGGCAGGGAUGGAGCGGGAACCGUAAGGCGCUCAGCCGGCUCAUCCCUCAGGGUCCCAGCGCGGGGCGGGGCAGCGGCGCAGGCCGCACCUCCACGCCCGGGGAGGGGCACGCACUGAAGGCGGAGGGAGAAGAGGAGGAGGAUGGCGGCUCUGGGCAGGCCGGCUCCGCAGCUGCGGCUCCUACUCCGCGCCUUCCUCGGGCCCAUGGCUCUGAGCCAGCGCUCCGCGUCUGCUCCGGCUCCGAGGCGCGCACCCCGGCGCCUCUCGGUGGAAGGGAACAUCGCUGUGGGGAAAUCCACCUUUGUGAAGCUACUCCUGAAAACCUUUCCAGAGUGGCACAUAGCUGCCGAACCAGUAACAACAUGGCAGAACAUCCAGGCUGUUGGCACACCGACUGCUGGCCCUCCCCAGAGUGUGGGGAAUUUGCUGGAUAUGAUGUACCAGCAGCCCUCACGGUGGUCCUACACCUUCCAGAUGUUUUCCUUCCUGAGUCGGCUACGAUCGCAGCUGGCCCCCUACCCAGAGAACCUCAUGCAGGCCCAAGAGCCGGUACAAAUCUUCGAGCGGUCAGUGUACAGUGACAGGUACAUCUUUGCCAAGAAUCUCUUUGAAAAUCGCUUCCUAAACGAUGUCGAGUGGGCUGUCUAUCAGAAUUGGCAUUCCUUCCUUCUCCAGGAGUUUAGCAAAAACAUCUUCCAGGACGGCUUCAUCUACCUCCGGGCUUCUCCCCAGGUGUGCUUCAAGAGACUACGCCAACGUGCCAGAGCUGAGGAGAAGGAUCUUGAGCUGGGAUACCUUGAACAGCUCCAUGCUCAGCAUGAAGACUGGUUUAUCCAUAAGGUGACUGAGCUCCACUUUGAGGAUUUGAAGAAGGCCCCUGUUCUGGUGCUGGACGUCAAUGAGGAUUUCUCGGAGCAGGCCGCCAAGCAAGAGGAGCUCAUGACAAAGGUCAGUACCUUUGUAAAGAAUCUAGAAUGAAGCCGUGGUCCUGCUAGGCAGGCUCAUUGGGCCUGGACUGGACUUCUGACAAGCUAGUGCCUUUCUGCUACUUGGAGAACUAUGGAUUCCUUCUCUCCAGCUCCCAUCAUCUGUUGAAUGAGGACGUUGCCCUCAACAGCCUUCCAACCCUUCAGCUCUGAUCUGCUAUCUCAUGGUCCUAGGAGGAUCCCGAAGGUCCUUGUUCAAGCUUUCCUUGGUUCUCAAAGACAUUUUCUUUUUUCAUCAAUUUCAUUUUAUUUUCAGAUCCAAAUUCUCUGCCUCUUCCCCAUCCAUUUAGAAGAAAAGAAAUGCAUUAUAAAUACGUAGAGUUGUGCAAAGUAAUGGCUACCAUGUCCAAAAAAAGGGAGAGAGACAGAGAGAGAGAAGGAGAAGACCUCUAUCUGUCUCCAUGUUUCAGCAUGAGUCCUUUGGAGUCUUAGUUGGAAUCUUUGAAGAUAUUCUCCACAAAGGAAGACCUGCUUUCCUAAAUCCCGUUAGCCAUCCAUGUGCUAAGUGUAUGCAGGAGCCUGAGUGCUCCCCACCACAUGACUGGCUUUCUCUGCCACCACAUGACUGGCUUUCUCUGACUCCCAUGAGUCCCCACAUAUAAGCCCCUGGAGACAUGGGAGGACAAAGAGCCAGAUCUAAGAGAGCCACACUCUCUCCCCACUGUGGGCAUGGGAAAGAAUAAAGAAAGUGCUCGGGCAGAAAAGAUCGAGUUGGCAAGAAUGAGACCACAGAGCGGGAAGUCCAUGCCAGGACUCGGGGCUUUCCUUCUCCACCCCUCCUCUCACCAGCCUUGAUGGAGCAUCUUGGGAUGCUUUCAUUCUUCCUUUCCCCCUUCGUUUUGUGAUGAAUGACUUUUAGAAUAGAAAUAUACAUGGGUAAUUGGUUAUCCUCUGAAUAUCAGGCAGGUGUUUGGCAAUGGAAGAAUAGUAGAUUUGUAGUCAUGGGGCACAGGUUCUACCAUUUACUCACUGAAUAACCCCAGAUAACUCAUCACGUCUCUGCCCUCAGUUUCCUUGUCUGGAAAACAUAGGCUUUGGACCAGGUAACCUCUGAUGUCCCUUUCAGUACUAAAUCUCUAUAUUCCACUUGUAUUACAUAUUUUUAUACAUACAGAUACAUACGGAUAUAAUGUAGCAGAUGUCUGGUGUGCUCCUCAUCCCUAUUUCCUCCCCACCUUCAUAUUAUUUUAUAUGAUAGGUGUGAAUAGACUACUGGACUUGGAUCCAAUAAGGCCUGAAUUCAAAGACUGACUGCCAUCAACACUAACUCUAGGCCCAAAGGCAAGUUCCUUAGUCUGGCUGGGCUUCAACUCAAGCAUCAGAAAUUUUAUUUUAUUUUAUUUUUUGUUUGUUUUGAAGCAAUUGGGGUUAAGUGACUUGCCCAAGGUCACACAGCUAGGAAGUAUUAAGUGCAAUGAAGUCGGCUUUGAAUUCAGUUCCUCUUGCAUUCAGGACUGGUGCUUUAUCUACUGUACCGUCUAGAGAGGUAAUUAGCAUUUUGCAAUUGUCUUGGAUCAUUGUGUUGCUGGGAUUAGCGAAGUCAUUCACAAUUCAUCAUCAUACCAUAUUGCUCUCGUUGUGGACAAGGUUCCCUGGUUCUACUCAUUUCACUUUGCAUUAGUUCAUAUAAAUCUUCCCAGAUGAAAGUCCCUCUGUCAUUUUUUUAUUUUAAUAGUAUAUUAUUUUUCUAUUUACAUUUAAAAAUGUUUUCAAUAUUGUUUUUUUUUUUUAAAUAAGAUUUUGAGUUCCAUUUUUUUUUUUCUUUCUCCAUCCCUUACCUCCUUCCUCCCCAGGCUAACAAGCAAUCUGAUUACACAAAAAAUAUUCAUUCAUCAAUAUUCAUAUAGGUUAUACAUAAAUAUUCAUUUUAACAUAUUUCCAUAUGAGUUAUGUGGGAAAAGAAAAAUCAGAACAAAAGGGGAAAAUCAUGAGAAAGAAAAAAGUGAAAGAAAAAGCAAGUUAAGAAUACUAUGCUUCGAUCCACAUUUAGUCUUCCUCGUUCUUUCUCUGGAUGCAGAUGGCAUUUUCCAUCCAAUGUUUAUUGGAAUUGCCUUGGAUCAUUGAAUGGCUGAGAAGAGCUAUCAUAGUUGACCAUCAUGUAAUCUUUCUGUUGCUGUGUUUUCCUGCUUCUGCUUGAUUCACUCAGCAUCGCUUCAUGUUGGUUUUUGCAGACUUUUCUGAAAUCAGCCUGUUCAUCAUUUCUUAUAGUAUUUCUUUCUAUGCAUAUGGUUCUAAUGAUCUUGUGAUGGAGAGAGACAUCUGCAUCCAGAGAGAGGACUGUGGGAAAUAAAUACGGAUUACAACAUAGUAUUUUCACCUUUUGUUGUUGUUUGCUCAUAUUUUUUCUUUCUCUUUUUUUUUCUUUUUGAUCUAAUUUUUUUCAUACAACAUGAUAAUUGUGGAAAUAGAUAUAGAAGAAUUGCACGUGCUUAACAUAUAUUGCCGUCUAGGGCAGGAAACGGGGUAGAGGAGGGAGAGAAAAGUCUUGAACACAAAGUUUUGCAAGAGUGAAUGUUGAAAAUUAUGCUUUUGUUUUGAAAAUAAAAAACUUUAUUUUAAAAAAUCAAGUGACUUGAUCCAAUGAUCAAAAAUAAAAUAUUUUUUUCUAAAAGGAAA